UCAUCAGUUUUGUUGUUCGUGUUGUGUAGUUCACGUGAAAAUUAUGUAGAAUAUUUCUGUUAUCAAUGUUUUGCUGUAUCAAGCUAAUACAAGUAGUUUUUCGUGUAAAAUUUAUUUGAAAUAAGAUGAAGAAUUUUUUAGCUAAUCAUUGAUGUAAUCUCAGUUUCCUAUUCAAUUGGUAGCUCAUUUUUUAAAUCUUUCAGAAAAAAGUGUCAAGUUUAUAGAUCCAAUGCUCUAAUAAUUAUUUUGAAGAGAAAGUAGUAUCUCAUUAAACAUUCAAAAUGAAGCUGUAUCAAGUUCAAUAUCUUGGCUUUGCUACCGCGGACCGUUUAUUUUCAAUUGAUAUGGUACCGUGGGUAACGUCAGAAAUAAGAAGAGCUGGAACUUCUCAACAGAUCAAACUAGGUGUACACGAUGGACACGUUAAAGGCUGGAAAGAGGAAUCCGGCAACAGUCGACCUAUUUUCAGCCACUCACUGCUGUUGGUCUCCAAGUUUCGUGUCUUCCACGGCAACGUGACGUCAUUCACGUACGUCGUGGCCGACACCAGAGCUCCCCUCCUCUACUGCCACCUGUUUGAGACUACUGAACCUGAUGACUCAUGGUCAUUCUUGCUGUGACGUCAAUGCUGUGUUGUUCUGUUGCCGGGACGUAUUGAUUGAUUGAUUAAAGAGUGACAGAUGGAUGCACUGAAUGAACAUUUAUUAUGACACCAUUCUCAACUAUCUUGUUUGCUAAGUACAUUUCCACUUGUAUUUUUAGUAUCAAUAAUUCAAUAGGACACGUUUUGAAUAAUAGCCUAGUAUUCUGGGUUUUCCAUAUUCAGUUAUAGAAUCUAAUACUUGUAAACGUUUUGUGAAAUAACUCAUUGAUUACGAUUGAGCUGCUAGAUUUUUCUGAAAUUUUAUUAAUUCGAAGAAUUUAUCUUAAAUUGAAUACAUUCACAUGAAGAAGUCUUCUUGAAUUUUAGUUUUCUUACCAAAUUAUAAUGCUUACUUGGAUGCAUUGAUGAUCAAUCGUUUCAAGACUUGAAUAGGAUAUACGUUACUGUUCUUAAUACUUGGUAUUUUAUUGCAAAGCCGUUUGCUAUUUCUGGGAUGAGAAUACAUGGCGAGCGCUUUAUCAUUUUCCUAUCAAAUGUAACUGUACUUUGAAAAAAAUACGAAUUUAUAAUUCCUCUCUGAACAGAAACAAUGGCAAUAUCAUUCAACGGCCAUGGAUUGCAAGAGAACUGAUCAUUGAUACGGAAAGGAAUCAUUAAUCUUUUAAAGGAAAUAUAAACCUGAUGACCUGGAACUGAAAAGAUUCUAUUUCCUCUGUUUCGAAUCCAUUUGAUCGUCACUAAUUUUUUAUCUGAAUGAAACUUACGUUAGAUUUGUUAGAUUUGAGCGUUUAAAAAUGUAGAAUGAACUGUUUAUUCUACAUUUUUCAUGUGCUAACAGUUAUUUGUCAUCUAGCCGGGUUUUCAAAAAGAUGAUUGUAGCGAUUCUCAUUUUAAUUAAUACAGAAUAAGAAAAUACAAUGUUCUUCUUGAGAUUUCUUGAGCUCGUUUACAAAUGCACACUGACUUCAAGUAAUCAAUCAGUUCUGCUACUGGUCGAAAAUAAUCCAUAAAUUCAUUCAUUUAUUCAACUUGAAAAGAAAAAGCAAUGGAUUCAUUCAUUCAUUUAACAUUUUAAAGAAUAUAACUACGGAUCCAAUCUUGUAUUCCAUGAAUCCCAUGUGUUCGCCUGCGUGGUCCCUCGAAUAUUUUUUACCUUGUAUUUAUAAAAUCCCACACGUUUCCUAUUCGUUUAUUUUCUCAAUUAUUUGGAUGUCUAUCAAUUGAAACGAUUCUCAUAUCCAUGAACAAAUCACGUUCAUUCCACCUUAAAACAAAAAUGUCUCAUCCCACCAACAUAACAGGUAGUCCACCAGCACUUUAUUUCUUCAGUUAUUCUUGAACAUUAAUUAAUUUGUACAUAAUUUGUUCUUAAACAUAAUUGAAUUUUCUUGUUCGAUUAAAAUUCUCUAAAACUAAACAAUAAUCAAUGACACCAUUUGCAAAUCGAUUUCAUUGUGUCACAUAUUUACAGGCGUACUGCAAAGGAUGAAUAUUAUAAAUGUGAUUCAAUAAUAUUAUUUAUCAGUUUUUUCCUGGAGACAGAUAGUCUCUUAUUCCCCUUAUUAUGUUGUAAUAUUUUUAAUUAAUCGAAUAACGAUGCUCGAAACCCUUAUUGAU